AUGUCUUUAACUCAACGGGUAGAAUUAAUUAAUGCUAUUAUUCAUAAAUAUGUUAAUUCUCAUUCAACAUUAAUGGAAUAUUUUAAUGGUAUACAAAAUAUGUUAUUAUCUGAAUUACAAAAAGCACAAUAUCAGAAUUAUUUAACCAACUUAUCAUUUAGCUUAGCUUCAUUAUCAGCA